AUGUCUUCUGAGCUCGCCACCCUCGACCGACAAGAGGCGCAAGUGUCGGGUUAUCAGCUCAAUUCGGGCGGCAAGAGAAAGGAAAACCCUCCUCAGCUACCGAAGGUUGAGCUGGACGGCGGUAAUCCCAGUGGAUUCCGAUUGUUCAUGAUGGCGCUGGCCCUCUCGCUCGCGAUUUACAUCGUGGCAUUAGAUCAGACGGUUAUUUCACCGGCCACCGCUACAAUAACGAAUGACUUCCAUGCCUUGCAAGAUGUCGGCUGGUAUGCCAGCGGUUACUUGCUCACGUCCACCGUUCUGCAGCCCUUUUUCGGCCGCCUGUACGGUUACUUCAGUAUGAAGCUGGUGUUCAUCGCGUCAACCGCGGUCUUCGAGAUUGGGUCUCUGAUAUGCGCCCUGGCUCGCAACUCCCCUACCUUCGUAGUCGGGCGUGCUAUCGCUGGGAUUGGUGUUGCUGGAGUCUAUAUCGGAGUCCUAGUAAUUGUCAGCGUAAUGAUGCCCCUACAACGCAAGUCUCUCGCAGGUGGUCUCAUAGGCGCCAUCUAUGGAGUAGGUGCCAUCACAGGUCCUUUGAUCGGCGGGGCUCUGACAGCUGAAGUCACUUGGCGCUGGUGUUUCUGGUUGAAUUUACCCAUUGGCGCCGUCACUCUAGGAAUUAUUUCUCUAUUCCUUCGCGAGCCUCAUUGCCCUCAAACGGAAAGCAUCCCUCGUCGCCUGAUGUCCAUCGACUGGCUAGGUAUCGCUCUGCUACACGGUUCCGUGAUCUCCCUCCUGAUUGCUCUCCAAAAUGGAGGUGUGCGAGAUGCCUGGGGAGCCGGGGUGACGAUUGCCGAACUCGUCGUCUUCGGAGUUCUUCUGCUCGUGUUUAUGGCCCUCCAAGUGUAUCUGGGCGAGCGCGCAACCGUUCCGGUCCGUCUCUUCAAGAACCGAACAAUAUUUGCUGCGACCACCCAUAAUUUUGCCGUUGGCGCCACGUAUUUUUCUCUGGCGUACUUCUUGCCUAUAUACUUCCAAGCUGUUCUUGGGACGUCGGCUUUGGGUGCCGGUAUUCACACAUUACCACUCAUUAUAGCCACCAUCGUUUCGAUCAUCGCCACAACCACAGCGGUGACCUUUGUCGGUUAUGUCCCGCCAUUCAUGAUCUUCGGAUCUACUGUGGCGUCCAUUGGUACUGGUCUUAUUCACUUGCUAAGCCCCACUACCAGCACUAGUACUGGCAAAUGGAUCGGCUACCAAAUCAUAGCCGGAGUAGGACUAGGAACUACUUACCAGCUUGCUUAUGUAGCAUCGCAGACUGUCUUAUCGGCAGCGGAUGUCGAAGUUGGUACUGCAAUUGUUGUUUUCUCGCAGACACUAGGGGGAUGCUUAUUUGUGUCUAUCUCUCAGUCAAUUUAUCAGAACAAGUUUUUGAAGAACCUCGGCUCUGUCCCUGGCGUCGACAUUCCGGCCGUAAUCGCCGGUGGGAUGACCACUUUCCGCUCAACCGUACCGGAAAAUCUGCUGCCUCAAGUUAUCGUCGCAUCUUCCCGUGCCCUGCGAGACGCUAUGACCCCCUCUAUUGCUCUGGCCUGCCUGGCCUUUGUAUCAUCUCUCUUCAUCGAGUGGAAGUCUACUAGGGGCCACAAAGGAGUUGUUGCGACAGCAGCUUAA